CGCACGCCGGCGGCAGCGCUGGUGCGCCUGCGCAGCACCGUCCCGCGGAGGAGCGACGCGGCGCGCGGCACAGCUGAACGCCCGUCGUGGCCGCCACGUCAACCCCGGCGCGUCACGUGGCGCGGUCGCGCGGUCACGUGCCGCCGGGAGCGGGUGACGGUUGGGAUGGCGGAGGGGGCGAGCGCCGUGUCGGCGCUGCGGCCACGGCUGGCGGCGCUGGGCCGGCGGCUGGCGGCCCUGAGGGCAGCGGGCGGCGACGAUACUUUCUUGGUAAAGGGCUCUGCUACUCUAGAGAAACUGAAGGACCUCUGUAAAGAAGAGAAAGAAAAAACAUAUUGUUCCAAGCUUUUGCAGCUUUAUACACAGGCUGUCUUAGAUAUUACAUAUUUUGAGGAAAACCAGCUCGUGGAUGAAGAUUUUCCAGAAGAUUAUUCCUUACCAAAAGUUAAAGAACUUAUUUGUGUUCUUUCAGAACCAGAAGACCUAGUGAAAGAAUGCAACAUAAACGAAGAAUCCACCAGCAUCCUUGGCCUAGAGUUAUUUGAAUGUCUUUACUGGAGAAAAGGAGCCCUGCUUUACAUGUAUUGUCACACUGUAAAAGAAAGGAGUGAAUGGCUAAGGGAAAAUAUCGGCUUAUUUAAAAAGUGUCUUAAUAAUGGAAUUCAUUACUUGAUGAAGAUGCUUAGCUUUAGAUGCCCUCUCCAGCUAGAUGAAGAUGUCUCAUUUCAGGAUAAAGACACAGGUAGAUUACUCAGUGAAGGUAUGUUUAGCGAUACCCACUUACUAGCGAUGAUGUACAGUGGAGAAAUGUGCUACUGGGGACUGAAACACUGUGGAGAAGGGAAGCAAAAAAGCCUUGAGAUGACAAAUCCGGUGUCCAGCAGAUCGCAGGGCGCAUCACUGGAUUUCCGAGACGUGGGCAAAAACGUGUUAACAAAAUACGUGGCAGUAUGCGAAGGACCUUUGAAAGGACAAGGGUGGAACACAACAAGCGCGAAGCAAAUGCUGUGUCACCUCAGGAAACCCCACAGCUAAAGUUGGUGCUGUUGGGCUCUCAGAGGAGGCUCACUGCGUGGAGAACACACCUGCGGGGGUGGCCUGCACUGCAGUGAGGGAAAACACUGCUCGCUACCUGACUGUUCUUGCCAAAAUGUAUGCUCUGUUGUAAAAACAGUGAUUCCGAGACCUUCUGGAAUAUAAGUCCGAACUCCAAUAAAGCAGCAUUUUUAGAAGGUUUAA